GGUCUAUGAGGCACCAACGCUGAAAGAACUACAAGACCCAGCUUGCGCCUGCCGGUCAGUGCGCAUGCGCAGCGGCGUCCAGCGGCUCUCGCGCUGCUGAGUCAGAGCCUGGUGGUGUUGCCAUGGAGCCGGCCUGGAGACAGCAGGGCAGGGGGCGGGGCCGGGGUCAGGAGGGUCAAGGUGACAGGCCCCGCCCCCUGCAGAAGGACAGGCCGGGGGACCCAGUAGGACGGAGUGCGAAGACGAACCCUGCACCUGCCAAAGGUGAUGAAGAUCUGGGAGCCCUGCGUGUCAGAACCGGGUCAGAACCGAUCCAGGACUUGAACUGUUCCCCUCUCUACGCAGGUGAGUCGGUCCAGUCCAAGUUCGAGGAGAUCCGGAGGUCCAACCAGGCCGCAGCCCUGCGCCUGGUGGAGAGUCGGGUCAGCUCCUCUUCCUCUGAUGAAGAUGACGAAGACGAUGGAGACAGACAGAGAGGAAGGAUCCUGGAGUCCACCUUCACCUCCUACACCAGCCAGACAGGCGGCGAUGCGUCAGCUCUAACCAGAACCGGCCAGUACCUGAGCGACAUGUUUCAGUCCGGAGCGCUCACCUGCCUGAUCUGCAUCGCCUCGGUCAAGAGGACGCAGCCGGUGUGGAGCUGCUCCGGCUGCUUCUCCCUCUUCCACCUGCCCUGCAUCCAGAAGUGGGCCAGAGACUCGGUCUUCCUCAUCUCCUCUGUCACAGAUGAAGACUUUGGUCAGAAGCAGCAUCCCUGGCCCUGUCCAAAGUGCAGAACCGAAUAUCCUCCCAGCGCCACACCCAACAGGUACAUGUGCUACUGCGGGAAGCUGCAGGACCCUCCGGCCGACCCCUGGCUGGUUCCUCACUCCUGCGGCUCCGUCUGCCAGCAGGAACUCAGACCCAGCUGUGGACACACCUGUCUGCUGCUCUGUCACCCUGGUCCAUGUCCGCCAUGUCCAAAGAUGGUGUCCGUGUCCUGCUUGUGUGGCAAAGCUAAGCCCCUCCCCCGUCGCUGUAGCAACAAGUCCUGGUCCUGCCAGCAGCAGUGUGGGAAGCUGCUGGCCUGUAAGCAGCACACCUGCACCCAGCCCUGUCACACAGAGUGCCCCCCCUGUCCCAGGGUCAGCCUCCAGAGGUGUGUGUGCGGACGGCAGACAGCAGAGAGGCCCUGUGCCAGCCCCCGCUGGACCUGCCAGCAGGUGUGUGGAGCGCGGCUGUCCUGUGGGAAUCACACCUGUGAGGAGGUGUGUCACGAUGGAGCCUGUCCUCCAUGCCCCCGGUCCGUCAGCAGGUCCUGUCCCUGCGGGAAGACCAAGUCGUCUCUGCCGUGUACAGAGGAAGUGCCGCCCUGCGGCGACACGUGUGACCGCCGCCUGUCGUGUCUGAAGCACACGUGUUCGAUGCGAUGCCACCGAGGGAGCUGCGAGACCUGCAGACAGGAGGUGGAGAAGGCGUGCCGCUGCGGGCGCCACAAGAAGCCGAUGGCGUGCCAUAAGGAGUACCUCUGUGACGCCAAGUGUCCUCAGACCAGGAACUGCCAGAGACACCAGUGCAGGAGGAAGUGUUGCCCUGGUAACUGCCCCCCCUGCGAUCAGAUCUGCGGUCGCACUCUGGGCUGCAGGAACCAUAAGUGUCCCUCCGGCUGUCACCAAGGAAGCUGCUACCCGUGUCCGGAGACGGUUCCGGUCCGCUGCAGCUGCGGCUCGUCGGUUCUGGUGGUUCCGUGCGGCCGAGAGCGCAGCACCAAGCCGCCCCGCUGCAGGGAGCCCUGCAGGCUGCCGCCCAGCUGCCACCACCGGGACGGGGAGCCCCACCGCUGCCACCCGGGGCCCUGCCCGCCCUGCGCGCGGCCCUGCCUGCUGCCGCUGCCCGGCUGCCGCCACGCCUGCCCCCGGCCCUGCCACGACCUGGUGCUGGUCCGGUCCCAGCAGGUCCAGUUGGCCGGGCCCUGGGAGCAGCCGGCGGAACCGACCUUCACCAAGAAAGCGCUGCCCUGCCCGCCCUGCCAGGUCCCCAUCCCCACGUCCUGCUUCGGAGAGCAUGAGGUGAGCCCGGUCCCGUGUCACCGUCAGGGCCGCUUCUCCUGCGGUCGGCGCUGCGGGCGCCCGCUGGCCUGCGGGAACCACAGCUGCAGCCGGGAGUGCCACCUGGUCAGACGGCAACCAGGUGAGACGUGCGAGGCGUGCGAGGAAGGCUGCGGUAAGCCCCGCCCUCCCGGCUGCCCCCACCUCUGCCCCCGCCCCUGUCACCCCGGCGACUGCCCCCCCUGCAGCCAGAUGCUCCGCCAGCGCUGCCACUGCCGGAUCAGCACGCUCUACCUGGAGUGCAGGAAGCUGACGGCCGCCGACGAGCCAACCAGGAUCCAGCUGGGCUCCUGCAGCAACCAGUGUCCUAAAGAGCUGAGCUGCGGCCAUCGCUGUAAACAGGUGUGCCAUCCAGGUGUGUGUGAGGAGACGUGUCAGCAGAAGGUGAAGCUCAGGUGUCCAUGCAAGAGGAUCAAGAAGGAAGUGAUGUGUUCUCUGGCGGCUCAGAGUGAACUUCAGUGUGACCUCGUCUGCAAAGACCAGAAGAGGAAGGCCAGCCAGGUGAAGGAGGCGGAGCUACAAGCUGCCCUGGAGGAGGAGCAGAAGAAGCUUCAGGAGGAGCUGGAGGCCUUUGAGAAGCGGCAGCAGCGAGGAGGUCGGAGGUCGAAGCGGCGCGGCCGGAGGGAGGAGGUGGACGAGGAGCAGGACCGGGCCAGGAGGUGGAGGAGGAGGUGCACCACCUUCCUCCUGCUGCCACUGGGGGGCGCUCUACUGUCUGCCGCUGCCUACUACCUGCUGAGCCAGGCCUGAGGGGUCAAAGGUCACCCCUGUCAACCAGAAGCUGCAGGACAAACGGGAAUGGUUCAUGAUUUCUUCUUCGUUGACUUAAAUGAGUCCUCCAGAUCAGACGCUGGUCCUCCAGCUGAUGUUUCUUCCUCUUUUUCUUUAUUUCCUGCUGAUUUUGUAACUUUUCCUGCGUAUCAAACUGAAAUCGAUCUCUGGAGAUCCAGAGGCGGUCAUGUGAUCUGUGAUCUGACCAAUCAGAGAAUGCUGCAGAAAUCCUGUAAAAUUUCCUUUCUGUUUUGGAGAAAUAAACCAUAAACUUUGA